CUCACCUCUCUGCUACCUUCUCUCGACUUUCUUAGCUUUCCAUCUCGAGUUUUUCUCUCCAAUCUGUCCCGCUUUCGCCUGGAACGCCUGCACCCAGCUCCCUCAUACUCGUUUACGGCACUCCGUGGGAUGCCUUACAUCUCCACAGAAGCCCUUAUUGGGGCGGCCUUGGUCGUCUUCCUCGCUUUCGGUUACCAGCACUUGACCUCCACCACUUCAGUCGCCAACAGUAACGACGCGGCGGCCAAGAAAAAGAACAAGAAGCACAAGAAAAAGAAAACAGGUCAAGAUGGGUCAGCCGACACCCCCGCGACUGUGAGCGAGGCGGAGGAGUCUAAGCCCGGCCCAAAGAAGGGCAGGAAGGGCAAGCACUCGGCGCCGCUCAAGCAGGAGGUCAAACAAGACGUUAGGCUUUCGCCUGGCUCUGUCUCAGCCCCAGCGCCCCAGACGCCCGAGGUGCCAGCUGAAACGCCCUCCUUCGCCGCCGCAGCUGGCGGUUCUCCCGCUUCCGUUCCCAGGCCUAAACCAAAGACGCUGGCGGAGAAGCUUGUCCCUAAACCGCGCAAAACCAAGGUCGACGACAUGCUCGAGCCUGAGGACCGCCCACCGCAACUCGCUCGUGUGAUGCGAGUUGUGCAACCGGAGAAGGUCGAGAGGUUCGCCGAGGACUAUGCGUCUUCCGACUGGUCGGACGAGCCGCGAUCUCAGGACGAUGGGUGGAAUGUCGUGGCGGCAAAGAAGAAGCCCGUGUCAGUGUCGAUAGCCGGUGGAGGUGGCGGAAACGGUAGCCCCUCGCGCGCGAGCUCGAACGACCCUCUCACCAAGGUGCAGCGCAAGAACCAGAAGAAGGCGGAGAUGAAGCGUGUAGCCAAAGAAGCAGAGGAGGCCGAUCGCCUCCGUCGUCUGGCUGCGCACAAGCGGGACCUGGAGCGGGAGAAGAUCAACUCGAUCUACAAUGCGUCGCAGAAGAAGGUUGUGCGUGAGCGCGGACGCAUUGUUGACGGCGGGAGUGGUGGGCAGGCGGCGUCUCUGAACAACAAGGGCCAGCUUGUGUGGGACUGAGGAUCUGGU